AUGAAAGGGUUAGGUAUUCAUACCCCUUUGGUUUCGAGGGGAAAGCCUCCUCCUUCCCCGGUAGUGGUGGAUGCGUUGCCUUCCUCUUCUCAUUUCACUAGAACCACCAUCCUAUUUCCAUUGAAAUUGCUGAAAUCAAUGCUUAGUUUAAGUAGUUGUAGUUGUACUAGUCACAUGUUUACAGCUAAUUCUAAUCCUCGAGUGAGUGACAUUAUGCCUGAAUUAUAUACAGUAAGAAGCAGACAGAAAUCAGGGUUGAGCUUUGCCUGUGGAACCAUUCGAGCCCAAGCAUCCAAUAUAAGUGGUGUUGAACCUGGAGAUUAUGGAAGCAAUGAGAAAAAUGGCCACAAUGUCUUUGAAAAUAAUGCUAUAGACGACAGUUCUUCUAAAGUUGUGAAACCUCCUGAUCAGAUCCCUUAUCCUCUAUCUAUAGCUUUUGUGCUGUUGGGAUGUGCUCUUGUCUUUUCACUAAUUGCAUUUGUCAUCAAAGGGGGACCUUCAUCAGUUCUAGCAGCACUUGCAAAAUCAGGAUUCACUGCUGCAUUUACAUUAAUAUUUGUUUCUGAGAUUGGAGAUAAGACAUUCUUUAUUGCUGCGCUCUUGGCAAUGCAAUUUGAGAAAGGAUUGGUCCUAUUGGGUUCAAUGGGUGCUCUAGGACUCAUGUCAAUCCUAUCUGUUGUAAUUGGCCGAAUCUUUCAAUCAGUGCCAGCUCAGUUUCAGACCACCUUGCCAAUUGGAGAAUAUGCAGCAGUAACUCUUCUUUUGUUCUUCGGCCUAAAAUCAAUAAAAGAUGCAUGGGAUCUUCCAUCAGAUGUGGUUAAGAAGGGUGAUAACAGCAGUCCCGAACUUGAUGAACUUGCUGAAGCAGAGGAGCUUGUGAAAGAGAAGGUGUCAAAACGACUUUCAAAUCCAUUUGAGAUUGUAUGGAAAUCAUUCAGCCUCGUAUUUUUUGCUGAAUGGGGAGAUCGCUCUAUGCUUGCGACUAUUGCACUAGGGGCUGCUCAGUCUCCUUGGGGUGUGGCAAGUGGAGCAAUUGCUGGACACCUGCUCGCCACAAGUAUUGCCAUUCUUGGAGGAGCAUUCCUUGCUAACUACAUUUCUGAAAAACUGGUUGGCUACUUGGGUGGAGGGCUGUUUUUAAUUUUUGCUGGGGCCACCUUUUUGGGGGUUUUCUGA